AUGCCUGGAACUAGUGAGCCAGAGCCGAUGGCGAUCGUGGGCAUGGGAUGCCGCUGGGCGGGAGGUGUCCGUGAUGUACCCGGACUUUGGGAGUUCUUGAUCAACAAGCGAUCUGGGUACCAGGACUGGGCUGAGCCUCGAUUUUCUGCCAAGGGCUUCUAUCACCCCAACCCGGAACGACCAGGAACCACUGCGGCCAAGGGUGGGUACAUCGUGACCGAGGACCCACGACUCUUUGAUCCCGCCUUCUUUGGGAUAUCAGGUCUAGAAGCAGAGACCAUUGACCCAUCACAACGCAAGCUUUUGGAGGUAGUAUACGAGGCCUUCGAAAACGCCGGAGAGACCUGGGAAAGUGUCAACGGAACACGCAUGGGUGUUUACGUCGCCGAUAUCUCCUAUGACAACGCGUAUGCGCAGACACGGGACUGGGAAUAUGCCCGGCCUCAUGCUACCACGGGUGUCUGCCACAAUAUACUUAGUAACCGGAUCAAUUAUGUCUUCAAUCUCAGCGGUCCAAGUGUUACGCUUGAUAGCGCCUGCACAUCGGCCUUGUAUGGCCUACACAUGGCCGUACAGGCUAUUCGCAACGGGGACUGUGACUCCGCCGUUGUGGCUACGGCAAACUGGAUCAUGGACCCGAGCAUGCAGAUUGCCAUGGACAAGCUGGGAGCCUUGUCCGGCACGUCGAUGAGCCAUGCCUUUGAUGCCUCCGCAGACGGCUACGCCCGUGGUGAAGGUUUUGCUGCCAUAUAUGUGAAGAAGCCUGAAAAGGCUAUCGCAGAUGGGUCCCCCAUCCGUGCUCUGUUUCGGGGCAGCGCUAUCGGUGCCAACGGCCGUUCAAGCGGCAUCACGCACCCUAGCGGCAAGGCACAAGAGGCCAUCAUCCGGAAGGCGUACGAGCUCGCAGGCGACCUGCCUCCUUCCGAGACCCCCUUUCUCGAGUGCCACGGAACAGGCACACGUGUUGGUGACCCUCUUGAGGUCGCCGCAGCUGGAAAGGUCUUUGGGCCUGGACGAUCUGACGAGCCCGAAGAUCGCCUGCUGAUCGGGUCCGUCAAGACCAACCUGGGGCAUACUGAGGGUGCAGCCGCACUCGCUGGUAUCUUCAAGGCUGUGCUCGCGCUGGAAGCGGGUGUGAUCCCGCCCAGCAUCGGGGUGAAGACGUUGAACCCCAGGAUCGACUUCGACAAGGCCAAGGCUGAGGUGGUCACCGAGGUCAUCCCGUGGCCCGAAGGCAAACUGCGGCGGGCUAGCGUCACGUCGGCCGGCUUUGGCGGUUCCAUCGGGCACUGCAUCCUCGACCACGUCAACAUCGUGUAUCCCGACUACGUCAAGCCGGGCGUGUUGAACACAACCAAAUCCAAUGGCUCUGCUCAUAAUGGCAACGGUAUCACCUACAAAAAUGGAACCAAUGGGUCAACACCUGAAAAUGGUCACCAUGAAAACGGGAACGGUUCUCUGAAUAGGCACCGGAAUGGUUCCACGAAAACAAGCCACGUCCCUAUUGUUCGCCUGGCACAGAAAAAGCGGUUGGCGGAUGCUGGCACCCGUCAAUUCGUGCUGUUGGCCUUCUCGGCACACAAUGACUCCUCGCUGAAGACAAAUAUCGAGGUGCUGUCCGGAGUUAUCGACCAGCAUCCGCUGGCAGACGUGGCCUACACACUCGCGGCGCGGCGGUCAAAAUUCACCCAGCGCAGCUUCCGUGUUGUGGACAAAGAUGACGCUUCGCAGGGGCUGUUGAACGACACUCAGAAGAUCUCCUCGAGUGCGCCGGAGAUCCCGAGUCUUGGCUUCGUCUUCACCGGCCAGGGAGCGCAGUGGCCCGCGAUGGGUUCCCAGCUCUUCGAGUACCAUGUGUUCCGCACCGCCAUCGAGCACCUAGACUACAUCCUCAGCACAGUAUUCAAGGAACGAUCCUGGACAAUUGCAGACAUCCUAUCUGGAAACGCCGACCCCGAUCGCGUGCAGACCCCUGAGGUUUCGCAGACGGUAUGCACAGCAGUUCAGGUCGCCCUGGUCGACCUGCUUGCGUCUUGGUCCGUCCGUCCCUCUGGUGUCGUCGGUCACUCCUCCGGGGAGAUGGCAGCCGCCUACGCCGCAGGUCGGAUCACGGCGGCCGAGGCCAUCACGGCCGCGUACUUCCGCGGCCAAACAGUCGCCCAGAACAAGCAAAAGGGUGCCAUGCUGGCGAUAGGUCUGGGUUUCCACGAGGCAGCCGAGUACCUCGAAAAUCUUGGGCAAGAGGUCAAGGUCGCCGCCGUCAACUCACCCGGUAGCCUCACACUUUCUGGUGAGCAAGAGGCCGUGGAGAAGCUCUCUGCGACCUUAACCCAGGACGGCGUCUUCAACCGGCUGUUGAAAACGGGUGGGAACGCGUAUCACUCACACCACAUGGUCGCGCUGGGCCAGGAUUAUGAGACGUUGCUAUCGGAAGGAUUGGCUCAUCUCGACAAGAUCGGGUUGCGCGACAAGCAACAUCGAUACCCCCACAUCCCCUGGAGCUCGUCGGUCACCCCACACAAGAGCAGUCCAGCCGAGGGCGUCCCUGCAUCCUACUGGAGAGCCAAUCUCGAGUCGCCGGUUCGUUUCUCGGAUGCGGUCGCGAACCUCGUCGGGUGGGAAGGACUGGGCAUUGGCGCGCUGGUGGAGAUUGGACCGCAUCCAGCGUUGAAGAGUCCCCUGGACCAGAUCCUGAAGAGCGUCGGCAAUGUCAUCCCCUACGUCGGGUCGCUGAAGCGAGGUGAGGACAGCCGAAUAUCGGUCCUGCAGCUUGCCGGAUCUUUGUUUGGGCUGAAUGCCGAGAUCGACCUGGUUGCGGUCAACGCGAUCGACGAACACGCGGGAGUCGAGUGGGUGCUAACACACGGUGUCACCGCCACGGACCUCCCACCCUACCAGUACACCUAUGGACCGAUCAGCUACUACGAGGGCCGGGCUAGCAAGGAGCUUCGUCUCCGCACUGUCCCUCGCCAUGACCUUGUGGGCUCCAAGAUUGCCGGUAGCGCCAAGCUGCGGCCACAAUUCCGCAACGUCCUGCGUUUGAAGGACUUGCCCUGGCUGGGCGACCACCGCCUGCUCCCAGAUGUGGUUUUCCCAGCUGCCGGGUAUAUCGCGAUGGCCAUGGUUGCAACAUCGCAACUUUAUGAGGAGUUCCCUGACGCUCUGUCCAUCGUGGGCUACUCGCUUCGCAAUAUCGACAUCAAAACGGCACUGAAGAUCCCCGAGGAUCACAACGGCAUCGAGAUUAUCCUCAGUCUGGAGUUGGAAAGCGCGGCGACCGCCAAAGCCCCGGGAUGGGCCAGCUUCUCAGUCAGCUCUGUCGCGCGUGACUCGGACCAAUGGACCGAGCACUGCACGGGUGCAGUCAAGAUAGACGUUACCAGUCCCGCUAAGUCCGACAAGAUCAAUCUUGCUGGGGAGUCCCGGGCUGUGGAUGCGCGAACCUGGUACAAGACAUUCGCAGAAAUGGGCCUGGGGUAUGGUCCCGCGUUCCAGGCUCUGUCCGACAUUCGCGCCAAUCCCACCGAGAACCUGGCCUCCGCGAAGCUGGGCUUGCAGACGACAGCUGGCACUGUCAAGGGAGGGGAGUCUACCUAUCCCAUUCACCCUGCCUCUCUGGACGCCAUAAUCCAGCUCGGCCUCCUCGCCUCUCACGGAGGCCAGAAGGACCGGGCAACCACCGCGUUCGUGCCCAUUCACUUGUCGCAGCUGCACCUGCGGGUCGGAGGCGACCAAGACUGGAGCACGGCUGUUGCCCACGGGGAGUUCCGGGGGCUGCGGUCGGCGUAUCUCCAGCUGCAGCUGCAGAGCCAGGCUGGUGACCUGGUCUUGGACAUCAAGGACCUCCGUUGCGUGAGCUACAGUUUGGAGCAGGAGUCGGCCGACCAGGGCCGUGCCAAGGCCUUUGCUAGUCCAUUCACACGAAUGGUCUACCAGCCCGACUUCCGCUCUCUCAGCAACCAGCAGGCUCGCGCGUUGUUCCCGCCGCCCUCGAAAAACGUCACCCAGGCGCCUGUUCUGGACCAACUCGAGACCAUAGCGGCGUUGAUUGCAGUCGAAGUUCAUGAGAAGUUGAUCAGCGUGGACAACUCGGGACUGAAGUCAACGGGAACGACGGGCCACUACAUUGCGUGGAUGAAGACACUGGUCGAGGAGAGCGGGUCAGAUUGGAUCGCCAAAGCGAAGGAGCUCUCUCCUCCCAAGCGGGUUGAACUUCUACAAACUCUGUACCAGGAGAAUGACCACCUGAUCGAGACUAAAGCCCUACAGCGCCUGCAUGAUAAUAUGGCAGAUAUCCUGCAGAACAGCAAGACUGCUGAAGAGAUUCUAUCGGAUGGUGGGCUGUUGGCCGACUUUUUCGAUAGCAGCCUGUUCCUCACUGGCGCGCAUCCGCAGAUCAUUAACCUGUUUAACUCCAUCGGUCACGCCGACCCCAACGUCAGAAUCCUAGAGCUCAAAGGAGGGCGAGGCCAGACGGCAGGUCUGGUGUUAGGCGCACUCAGCAGCACGAACGGCAUCAAACGUUACUGGGACUACACUGUUACCGAUGUUUCCGAAGAAGCAGUGCAGAAAGCCCAAGGACAGCUCCGGCAACACCGUGAUGUUAACUUCUCCGUGCUGGACAUCCAACAAGACCCGCUGGAGCAGGGCUUUGAGUCGGUUUAUGACGUGGUGCUGGCUUCGCAGGCCAUCCACACGGCCUCAUCUAUCAACCAGGCGCUCGAAAACGCCCGGAAACUGCUGAAGCCAGGCGGCAAGUUGGUUCUGGUUGAGGCCACAGGGAACAGCGCUUGGGUCGGCCUCAUCGGCGGCGCACAGACCGGAUACUGGCACGGAGUACCCGACGGCCGCGUCGACAGCCCCUUCCUAGACAUGACGGCGUGGGACACAGCCCUGCGCUCGUCUGGUUUCUCUGGGGCCGAACUGACAUUGGAUGACUACCCAUCCCCAAGGACACAGUCAAAUGUCCUGGUCUCCACCCACGUCAACACGGCUGGUUCGGCAACAGAUGCGCCAGUCUGGUUGCUCCACGGUGCCAAGGGUGCCCCGGCCCUCUUGAACCGGCUCGCGCGUGAGCUGGAGAACCGCAAUAUCGCUACAAAGGCCACGGCUCUUGACAACGCGCCAAGCGAACUGCCCGAUGAGGCGCGUGUGGUUGCUUUCCUGGAUGAGGAGAACCUGCUGCUGAACGUCGACCAGCGCCGUCUCGGCAUCUUCCAGCAUCUCGCCCACCACACUGCCAGCAUGGUGUGGCUCACAUCAACGGGCAUGGCAAAGGGCCGCAGCCCUGACGGGGCCGUUGUGGGUGGGCUCCUGCGUACUAUCUCGACCGAAGCGCCCACAGGCCGCUUCUUCUCUGUCGAUAUCGACGGCGACAAUUUCAACGUCGACGAAGCCGACACUGACGAGCUUGUCCGCGUUGUUGCCGACCAAGAGCAGGUGCUGCAGCUGCCAAACGAGAGCGAGACAGGCGAGGACCGCGAGUUUGCCUGGCACAGCGGCUGCCUAUGGGUGAGCCGACUGGUGCCGGAGGCGGCACUCCAUGGCUACGCAGAGCGCCUGCCGACUCCCGCAACCCAUGGUGCCGAGCUACUACCGCUUGACAGCCAGGGACCCGUGCGCGCUGCUUUCGAAAAACCCGGUAUCCUGACCUCGCUCUACUUCCACCCCUACACAGAACUGCGCAAGCAACCUUUGCAGGACGACUGGAUCGAGGUCAAGGUCGCCGCUGUUGGGCUUAACUGGAAGGACUUGGUGCUCGCCACGGGCCGCUUCGAUGGCAACAACCUGUCCUCUGAAUAUGCCGGAGUUGUCACGCACGCGGGCGCUGAUGCCGCCACCCGAUUUGCCGAGGGCGAUCUCGUAUACGGCCUAGGCAAGGGUCACUUCGGCAACUACACGCGCGUGCCCGCUGCUCUCGCCCAGAAGGCGCGUGCUGGUGAUGACCCGGUCGAUAUCGCCACCAUGCCUGUGGUGUUCAUGACCGCUGUAUACGCUUUUGAACACCUUACACGCCUGUGCAAGGGGCAAAAAGUACUCAUUCACUCUGCAUCGGGUGGUGUCGGUCUAGGAGCUAUCCAGCUGGCACGCGCCAAGGGUGCGGAUGUCUAUGCCAUGGCCGGCUCGCCAGAUAAGUUGCGCUUCCUGGUCGAAACCGUUGGCCUGCCGAGCUCCCAUGUAUUUACAGCGCGCGAUCUUGCCGAGCUGGCGCGCGCUGUAACCGCCACACAGAAUGGCGGCUUUGAUGUCAUCCUCAGCACUGCGACGGGUGAUCUUCUUUACGAAACCAUUAAGGCACUUGCACCACUUGGUCACCUCAUCGACAUUGGUCGACUUGACGUCAACGAUGCCAAGGCUCUUGGCCUGGAGCUGUUCCAGAAGAGUGCCAGCUUCUCAUCGUUCGACCUUGCCCGUGUGGUCGACCGUGACCCCGAGCUGGGCGCGGAGCUUAUCCACGCUACAGAUGCGCACUACCGCGCUGGGCGUAUUGGUCCCAUCCGCCCCCUGUCCACGUCAGACAUCUCUCAGCUCGACCAAACGCUGCUCGGCUUCUCCAAGGGCGCUCACGUUGGCAAACUGGUGGUAACCUUCCAGAACCCUGAGUCGCCAGUGCGGAUGGUGCCGGCAGCGCCAGCAGCUAGCUUCGAUCCCGAGGCGUGCUAUGUUAUCACCGGUGGACUCAGUGGCCUUGGGCGGUCGAUCAUCCAAUGGAUGGGCGACCGCGGUGCUCGGGAAGUGGUGGUGCUGUCUCGUCGUGGCGGUAACGCCCCCGAGGCUCAAACCCUUGUCGACACCUUGGCCAAGCGUGAUGUGCAUGUCCGUCCCUUGGCCUGCGACCUUGGAAACCGUGAGCAGGUCGCACAGGCCUUCCAAGAAGCGGCCACUACCCGGCCGGUGAAGGGUGUCGUCCACUGCGCAGUAUCGUACCAAGACAUCUCAUUCGACAAGAUUUCCGUCGAAAGCUGGCACGAUGGUCUCGCCGCCAAGGUGCUCGGCACAUGGAACCUCCACGAGGCUACCAAAUCUCUGCCGAUCGACUUCUUCGUCAUGACCACGUCCAUUCUCUCUGUGCUCAGCUUCGCGACUCAGGGCGCAUACACGGCCGCCAACAACUUCCAGGACCAAUUCGCUCGCUACCGCCGUGGUCUUGGUCUCCCUGCCACGGCAGCCCAGUUUGGCCUGGUCAACGACGUCGGCCACCUGAGUACCGACACCACCACGCUCGAGCUAAUGGCACGCAACAAGGUUCUGACCGUGCCCGAAAGCUACUUUCUUCGUCUGCUCGAACCCGCCUUCAUCGGCCAUGAAGUUGACGCGCAGUGCACCAACGCCGCGUCCGACCCGCUGGCUGCAGCCACCUAUGUGAGCUACAUGGACCCAGCGCACAUGGCCGCCAAGGAGCACGAAGAUGCCGAAAUCGGCAUUCAAAGCGCGACCACGCCACGCUGGUACGGCGAUGCACGCGUGUCGCACGUCAUCCGCGGAUUCAACGACGCACUGCGCCACGGCGAGGGCGAUGAGAACGGCUCGAAAUCUGCGGGUGAAAUGGAGGGAGGCCGUUCGGCCACGACGCGUCUCCGGCGCGAGUUCGACGCCGCCGUCCAAAAGACCCGCGCCACUCCUGCCGGGCCUGAGCAGCUGGAGCUUCGCGCCCACGCCCUCCAGCUUGUCACGGCGGGUAUCACCACUACGGUCGCAACGAUGCUGCUGAUGGACCUGUCAUCGGUCAUUGCCACUCGCUCUGUCUCGGACCACGGCGUCGAUAGUCUUAUCGCGGCGGAGCUGCGCAACUGGUUCCACCAAGCUCUUGGGUCGAAGAUCAGCAUGGUUGAUCUCUUGGACCCGCGCACGAGCAUCAAUGCCCUGUCGGCGAAGGUGGUUGAUGUUGCUGUUGGAGGCAAAGGGAAGUGA